CCCCUGCAUCGGCAGGCGGACUCUCAACCACUGCGCCACCAGGGAAGCCUGGCCAAUUGGCUUUCAAGCUCCAGCGAGGAGCCCCCCAGCCUCUGCUCUCCCCUCAGCCCUUUCUGGAAGAUUCCCUCAUGCUGUCCAGGAGCGAGGGGAAAGGACGGCUGCAGGGAGUGACGUGCCCGGUUCACGAGUAACAUUUUGGGCUCAGAGGACCAGUGAUCACAAAAUCAGGUUUUCAUCACCCAGAAGGCAGAAACCAAAGGACCGAUUCAGGGUCCCUGAGCCCUUUCCCACCACGGCUCCGGCUCAGGGAACACCAAGGGCUGGCCCAGCCCCAGUGGUGUGAGUGCGAACGGUCUGUUGUGUGGGAGAAGUGGGGUCCUAGAGGGACACAGACGCCUGGCAUUUCCCCGAGGUCCCCUGCGUGCGUGCGUCCCUCUGUCCACACUGAGCAGUGCCCCGCCACCUGGACCCUGCAGGGCACAAGAGUGGCCCAGCGAGCGGAAUGACUCCUUGGGUUGAAGACAGAGGUGAGGACACGGCAUCCAAGUCAGGCCAACAAAGGCUGGGGGUCCUUCCUUUUCCUCCAGCCCCUGUGAAUGACCCAAACUCCAGGGUUUCUGGCUGUGUCCGCCGAGGCCUGCUAGGGCUGUGCCAGUGCGGGCAGACGAAGGAGCCCCAGCUAGGGGCCAGCCCACCUUUGUGGGGCUGUGGCGGGGCUGUGGCUCGUCCUCUAGCUGAGCUUCUCUGCUCUGCAGGGACUCGGGUCAGAUGAGGUCACGGGGUGCAAGCGCUUUAUAAAACUAAGCCAUGCUGCAAAUGUGUUUCAUUUUAAGGAAACAGGGGAGAAGUGUCACCACGCUAGAGCCAGGCAGGAGAGGAAAGCGCAAAUCCUCUGUUGCCCUCAUCUGGGGUCAGGGGUGCAGCGGGCACAGUCAGCUCCAGGCAGGCUGUUUGAUCGCUGCCCGUGACACCAUGGAUCUGCAUGUCUUUGACUACUCGGAACCGGGGAACUUCUCCGACAUCAGCUGGCCGUGCAACAGCAGUGACUGCAUCGUCGUGGACACUGUGCAGUGCGCCAACAUGCCCAAUAAGAACGUCCUGCUGUACACGCUCUCCUUCAUCUACAUCUUCAUCUUCGUGAUCGGCAUGAUCGCCAACUCCGUGGUGGUCUGGGUGAACAUCCAGGCCAAGACCACGGGCUACGACACGCACUGCUACAUCUUGAACCUGGCCAUCGCCGACCUGUGGGUGGUGGUCACCAUCCCGGUCUGGGUGGUCAGCCUCGUGCAGCAUAACCAGUGGCCCAUGGGCGAGCUCACGUGCAAGGUCACUCACCUCAUCUUCUCCAUCAACCUCUUUGGCAGCAUCUUCUUCCUUACGUGCAUGAGCGUGGACCGCUACCUCUCUGUCGCCUACUUCACCAACACCUCCAGCCGCAAGAAGAAGAUGGCGCGCCGCACCGUGUGUGUCCUGGCGUGGCUCCUGGCCUUCUGCGUGUCCCUGCCAGACACCUACUACCUGAAGACUGUCACGUCCGCUUCGAACAAUGAGACCUACUGCCGGUCCUUUUACCCUGAGCACAGCGUCAAGGAGUGGCUGAUCAGCAUGGAGCUGAUCUCCGUGGUCCUGGGCUUUGCCCUCCCUUUCUCCAUCAUUGCCGUCUUCUAUUUCCUGCUCGCCCGAGCCAUCUCCUCCUCCAGCGACCAGGAAAAGCACAGCAGCCGGAAGAUCAUCUUCUCCUACGUGGUGGUCUUCCUCGUGUGCUGGCUCCCCUACCACGUCGUGGUACUGCUGGACAUCUUCUCCAUCCUCCACUACAUCCCCUUCACCUGCCAGCUAGAGAACUUCCUCUUCACGGCUCUGCACGUCACGCAGUGCCUGUCCCUGGUGCAUUGCUGCGUCAACCCUGUGCUCUACAGCUUCAUCAACCGCAACUACAGGUAUGAGCUGAUGAAAGCCUUCAUCUUCAAGUACUCGGCCAAAACGGGUCUCACCAAGCUCAUCGAUGCCUCCCGAGUGUCGGAGACCGAGUACUCGGCUUUGGAGCAAAACACCAAGUGAUGCGCUCUGCACGGCCUCCGGGACGUGUGUGCUUGCUGCCAGCAGGGCACCGGGCUGCGUCAUUUUCCACAGUAAAGCAAAGUGGCUUCAGGCUUGAUGCCGCGGUUGCGUGAAAAGGGGAACGUGUGUCCCUGUGGCUCCUUUCUCUCUCUCUCUCGUGCCAAUGCGGCCGUCUGUCGCGUGGCCGUGUGUCCCGACGGAGUGGCACCCACCAUGCGGGGCUGUGCCGAGCAGUCCCCGCUGCUUGUCACACCAGCUGCGGGACAGGCUUGCCUGCACUUCUGUAAAAUAGGACUUUUCUGUGCUCCCUGAAGGUUUUAUAUGGUGGUUUGUAUUUAAAUCUUAAGACUUUAUUUUUCUCACUCUUGAUGUACCUUCUAAAUGUAUUUGAAAGUUUAAAUAUAUUUUAAAUAUUGUAUGGGAGGUAUAAUGCUGACAUAUAUGCAGUGCUGUAGUUGCGACAUUAGUUUGACUUCCGUUUUGACUAAGGAUGACAUUAAUUGUUAGCUGUUUUGAAAGUGUGUAUAUAUAUAUAUAUAUAUAUAUAUACACACACACACAUACAUAUAAAUAUAUAUAUAAAUACAUGCUGGUCUUGGCUGAAAUGUUUUAUUUACAAUAGUUUUCUAUCUGUGUGGUAUUUUGACCCGGUCUGGGAUAUGCAACGAAAACUGCUCUAUAAUGCAGUUUGUGACAUUAAUAUUAUUGUAAAGUUACAUUGAAAAUAAAGAAAGCAACACUAUUCCAGUCUGUAACAUGGCGCACAAAACAAACCUUGUAUUUCAGAGAGUUCUUUCCAUUUGUAAGUUAUUUUUUUUUAAUAAAGAUUUUUUUUUUUCCUAAAAAGGCGUUCGGGUCUAAGUUUUAAAAGCAUGUUUGGCAUUAGGUGGCAUGUUUGACAAUAAUACAAACAUUUACAGCAUAGAUGAUCAACCGAAUAAAUG